AACAAACUUGCUGAGGAAACGAAGAUCGGGGCUUCUUCCCUUGCUCAUAAGAUCAGCUGCCGCCAUGUCCGUCUCCCACAGUUCGAGACUCAACAAGGGGGUGAGGGAACAGUACAUGAAACUGCCCCAAGGAGAAAAGGUCCAGGUCACCUACGUGUGGAUCGACGGCACCGGGGAAGGAGUGAGGUGCAAAACCAGGACUCUGGAUCAGGAACCCAAAACCAUAGAUGAAAUCCCAGAAUGGAACUUCGAUGGAUCCAGUACUCACCAAGCAGAAGGCUCAAACAGUGACAUGUAUCUCAUCCCAGUCCAGAUGUUCAGAGACCCAUUCUGCCUGGACCCCAAUAAACUGGUUAUGUGUGAAGUCUUGAAAUACAACCGCAAGUCUGCAGAGACCAACCUGAGACACACAUGCAAGAAGAUCAUGGAGAUGGUGAAUGACCACCGCCCGUGGUUUGGAAUGGAGCAGGAAUACACCUUGCUGGGCAUUAAUGGGCACCCGUAUGGCUGGCCAGAAAAUGGUUUCCCAGGGCCACAAGGUCCCUAUUACUGCGGCGUUGGAGCGGACAAGGUGUAUGGCCGGGAUGUGGUAGAGUCGCAUUAUAAGGCCUGUCUGUACGCUGGCAUUAAAAUCUGUGGCACCAACGCAGAAGUCAUGCCCUCGCAGUGGGAGUUCCAAGUGGGUCCGUGCGAAGGUAUCGACAUGGGGGACCACCUGUGGAUGGCCAGGUUCAUCCUUCAUCGGGUCUGUGAAGACUUUGGGGUGGUGGCGACUCUGGACCCCAAACCCAUGACCGGAAACUGGAACGGAGCCGGGUGCCACACCAACUACAGCACGGAGAGCAUGAGGGUGGAAGGAGGACUCAAACACAUUGAAGAUGCCAUAGAGAAGCUGGGGAAGAGACACGACUACCACAUCUGCGUCUACGACCCGCGGGGAGGGAAAGACAACUCCCGGAGACUCACCGGCCAACACGAGACGUCGAGUAUUCACGAGUUCUCGGCCGGCGUGGCCAACCGGGGCGCCAGUAUCCGCAUCCCGCGUCAGGUGGGCCAGGAAGGCUACGGCUACUUUGAAGACCGACGGCCGGCAGCCAACUGCGACCCCUACGCAGUAACCGAGGCGCUGGUCAGGACCACCAUCCUGAACGAAACCGGCAGCGAGACCAAAGACUAUAAGAACGGAGCUGGAUUCUCCCGGGCAAUCGGUAUGGCAUCUCCCCGAGACGCCGCUGUGUUUUAACCCGUUAGUCUCCCGACACUACUUGAAUUCUUGUGAAGUAAAAAUUCCUUUGGAAAGGAGGGGCAUUCCUAGAACCAGAGACCGUAACAUGGUUUCUCCCGUGUUAUCUGCCGAGAUGGAGGGCCAAUUUGGGCAUGGGGGGGGGGGGGUUGCACAGAUUUUAUAGGAUAAGAACAAAGCAAGUGACCUGCUGAAAUGUGGCCAGUGCCAAGUGAUUCCUUCAGUUGAUCCCUUUUGGGGAGGGCAGAAUUGUUAAUUGGCUCCUCUUGGAGCUCGGGCUUUAUAUAAAACGACUGAUAGGGUCUUGUACCCGCCAUAUGACUGUAUUCCAUUGUAUUGUUUUUACUGUCUAAUAAAAAUUUUAAACUUUAA